CUCUAAUCAUCCUCAGUUUCGAUAAGCCUCCGUGGAUUCGGUAAGCUACUGACACAUCCGACAGAUUAUCUCGAGACGCCACCCCCGCUUGCGGUAGAUCUGCCUCAUUCGCUUCACCACCUCUUUUGGGCCAGGUGGUACUGUAAGUCUAGAAUACCGGCCUCGCCUGUGAUGGCACCCGUAUAUAUAGUGGACGUCUCUCCAUUCCCACCCUCCCUUCUAGCAUUUCUUGAAGUCACACUGCACCAUUAGUCAUGCUCUACGUCCAACUUCUCAAUUUCGCCUUGGUUGGUGUACUGGCAUGGACUAUAUUCAAACGCUUGUUGAUUAGCCCUAUGAGGCGACUUCCAGGUCCGUGGUACCUCAAGCUCUCCGACCUCCCCUUCAAGUACCACGAGUUUUAUGGCACCAAGCGGCUUUGGAUACAUAACCUGCAUCUGCGCUACGGGCCUGUAAUAUGCCUCGGCCCCGCAAAUGCACACUUCGCUUCCGCGGCGGCAGCCAAAGCGAUCUACAGCACCGGGAGCAAAGACUAUGUUAAGACCGAAUUCUACGAUCUGUUUCGUCAGGAGGGUCAUAUAAAUCUAUUCACUGCCAUUGACUCCAAGAAGCAUAGCGAGAUCCGCAAACCACUAGCAGACAGGUAUUCUAACACCAAUAUCUUGGCCUCGAAGGUCCUUGACGCCAUAACGGAACGUGCCAAUGUUUUCAUGCAAGAAUGCUUGAAGACGGAGUCAACAGAUAUCUACUUUCUCCUUCACGCGUAUGCGCUGGAUUGUGUGACUUCAAUGCUCUUCCACCCCUUUGGGACGCGCUCCCUAGACCAGGAGGACCACAAACGCAUUGUCCACUUCCUAUCCUACCGCGAGCAGCGUAACGAAGAAGUGCUCGCCUACUACACACCUUACCUGCUCCAACUCUGGACAUGGCUGCACCCCGAACCCGAACAGAACAUCCUUGCCGACAAGCUUAUCCGCGAGUACGUGACCUCAACAUACGCCCGCGACGAUCUCUCGCCUCACACCGUCGCGGCUCGACUAGCCAGCCUGAAGGACUUUGACACUCCGCUGGCCAUCUCAGAGUGCCUUGACCACUUGGGCGCUGGGCUGGAAACAACUGGCGACACGCUGUGCUUCCUAAUCUGGGAACUCUCACAGCCACGCAACCAUGAGCGCAUGGACAGACUACACGACGAGCUGAAGGCUGUCCGACCUGGUGAUCGGCUAGAUCAGCUGCCAUAUUUGAAUCUGAUCAUGCAAGAGGCGCUGAGGCUGUAUGCACCAGGUACGAUGUCGCUCCCACGCUACGUGCCCAAGGAGGGGAGGGUGAUUGAUGGAUACUUUGUUCCCGGCAAAACGGUCGUGGCUUGCCAAUCACACACACUGCACCGCGACGCGGGCGUAUUUCCAGACGGAGACGCUUUUAUCCCUGAACGCUGGGCCGACGAAUCCAAGAAUCUCGAGCGCCAGCGGUUGAACAUGUCGUUUGGGUUUGGCGCCCGGACGUGCAUUGGGAAACAUCUUGCCCAGGCCGAGAUGCGAGCACUUCUUUGCCGUGUCUACUCGCAGUAUCGAACGUACCCGGCGGAUGGAAUGGACGCUGAUCUGAUGAAAUUUGAGGAUACGCCACUAACGUCAGCGCCAAAGGGCAAGCUAUGCAGGAUUAGGUUUGAGCUAUAUGAAGACAUUAUGGCUAAGGAAUAA